CCAAUUCAUUCAGUUGCCGACUGUCAGCUAACGCGCUCGCGGGUGUUGUGCGCUCUCGGCUCUUCGCCACUCGGAAAGUAAAGAUUGUACGCAACGCGAAUGUGGCAAAGUUUUGCUAUGGAGAAUUCGAAAAUAUCAAUUUUCAAUAUCGGUAAACGGCCUUAAAAUUGUGGAAAUAUGUGCUAUAAGCAAGUACUAGUGUUAGUGAAGGAAAAAACCAAAGGGCAAGUGGCUCGAAGUGUUGUGACUUUGCGGCUGCUUGUUAAAAAUAAACAGAACAUCACUUCAGACAGCAACCCCAUUGAGUGGGUCCAUCAUCAGAAUGUGUAUCUAUAUCGAAAUAUCGGCGUUCAGUUCGAAAGUAUUACGUAUCUCCUGCACAUUUACUUAAACGGACACGCUGCCCAGCCGGACAUCUGUGUUGAAUGCCAUUAAAUGGACGCUGGCACGUGAACUAUUUCCGUUUCCUUUCGCCGAUAAGCUAAUGCUCGCAAAAUGCACUUACGACAAGGGCGUUAAGAGCAACCACAAACUCUCUUAUCAGCAACAGAAAUACAAGAAACGAAACUCCAAAUCAAGUGAAUAAAAAAUGCGGGUCUCUUGGCUGUUGCUCGCCAUUGCACUUAUAACGCUUAGUGUCGGUGCCCUAAAACUGGAGCAGCAGCAGCAGCAGCAGCAGCAGCAGAAGGAGGUAGGUCACAGUAGAUCGGACGGCCACUUGCACACGGCUCUCCAUCCGCAUCGACGUAAUAAAGUCACAGACUCCAGAGUUCGGCCACAGCUGCGAAGGGGCAAAAAUAGUCGACCUUUCAAUAGCCGGAAGCAGGAGGAAGAGGCGGAGACGGACGAGGAGGAGGGCUAUGACUGGAUCGAUGUGGAUAUCAGCGAUGCAGAUGACCAGUCCAAGCCUGCCACAGCGAGCACUGCUCCCCAUGAUGUCUUCACAUGUUGCAACCAGGUCUUUGGCUCAUGUCGCACAGCAUGCGAGAACAUAUCGUUAGUUCAAUUGGACUCUGGAAACGGACGUGAGGAGUCUCAAACAGAAUUGAGAAAAUACUGCCAGCUGCAUCAACUGGAGUUUUGGAGCUGUAUGAAUCGCACUCUUGAAGCGGUUGACAGAGGUAAAUCUUGGUCUGGCCGUCGAUGCUGCAAAGUGGCCGUUCUGCCGAAGUGCAAAAAUUCCUGCGCAACGGCAGCUGCCAGCCACGAGCUGACUGAAGUCUGCCGGCGCAGCGAUGAGCAAGUGCUCUACGAUUGCUUUGAGCACCAGGAAGCAGCGGACAGUUGCUGUGGCAAGGCGCGCACCUCGGAGUGCCUUCAGGCUUGUCGCGAAGUCUUUGAGCCCCCAAAUGAAACGGGAUCCUCCAAUACCAAUAGCCAGCUGGUAGAUGAGACCUGUGGGGCACGGAAUGCCGAUGUGCUACAAUGCAUUCAUAAUCACACGCACAUGACUCCUCCGCUGGACAUUGAGAAAUACUUGCCAUGCUGUGAGUAUAGCCGCGAUGAGAAGUGUCAUCAUACGUGCAACACAGUGCUGCAUGCAUCCAAGUUGCAACAGAGUGUCGAACGUAGUGACGUACUCUUUGCGCGUCUUGAGGCAGGUUGCGGAAUACCGUUACCUCAUCUUCCCUUUUGGCAGUGCUUUCUGACGGUCACUCGCAAGUUGUAUGUGCCUUCACAAGGUGGACAGGUGACGCAAUGGCGUCCCAAACUGUUCUCCAACGGAGCCGACAGCGACGAGCCCAAUAAACUGGGCAUCGAUGCAGCCAAGCGCCAGUGCUGCGAGCAUGCCAGCAGCCACAAGUGUCGCCGGCUGUGCACCCAAAUAUUUACCAACGACUGGUGGGAGACCCGUGCCAGCUUUGAUACCGAGUGCUUGGAGCAGCCGGCUGAGCUGGAUCUAAGGCGUUGCAUUGAGAGUGUAGACGCGCCCUGCGAACUGGGCUGUCAGGGAUUGAGCUUUUGCAGCAACUUCAACAAUCGCCCAACUCAACUAUUCCGCAGUUGUACGCCCGCACAUGAUGCGGCGGCCCGCGAAGAUUUUAUGCUAUUGCAGCAGCGCGGUUUUAUACGCGUUUUGGGCCAGGAGCUUUACAUAAAAAACACGACACGCUGUGCUCCCGACAAAUGGCAAGCUCUUGUCUGCGCCUUACAGCUGCAGCCGUGUACCCGAGUGGGUCUGUACAAUGGGAUUUGUAGAGAGGAUUGCACUGAACUAUUGGACGAGUGCCUGGAUUGGACUAGACACCCACAGCGACCACAGGCGAUCUGCGAGCGACUGCAACCGCCAGCAGCGACAGAGGACGAAGAACCAAAACCGUGCAUAUCAAUACGCACCUAUCUAAAAGACAGCGAUCCAGCUGAAGGGUGGAGCGAGGGAGAAGCCAAGACGGGCUUGACAAUUAACUCACCCUGUGCCUCCAAGCCUUGUAAUGCCAGUGAGGUGUGUGUGCCACAGCGUAACGGUAACCAAGGCUACUCCUGUAUUCCGGGCUGUAGCUUGGGCCAGGCCUCUGCGUUGAAUGUGCCCUUUGGGGCAUAUGUUCGGGUGGGCAAAAUGAUUAGCCCAAGCAGUGGUAUUGGCCUUGCGAGUAGCCAGCUGCUGAGUGCGGAGUACGUGGUCUGCCGUUGUGGUAUGCGUGGCAUUGUGGAUCAGUGUCAGCCGCUCCCCAGCUACACCCAUGCGCACUGCGUGCUGCCGGGUGGACGGAGCUUUCGUCACGGCUCAUCAUUUUACCUCGAAUGUAAUCUGUGCAGUUGCUUUGCCGGUGAAAUAACCUGCACGAAGCAGCAGUGCCGUCUUCCGGGCUAUGUGGAUGUAAGCUAUACCAGCUUACCCUGCAAUUGUCCUGCCCACUACGUGCCGGUCUGUGGGGUCAAUGGCAACACUUAUCCAUCCGCUUGUGUGGCUAAGUGCCUGGGCUUGCCCGAGAACAGUUUUGUGUAUGGAGCAUGUAAUGCUCGCAAUGCAUGCCAGGCAGGCUCUGCUAGCUGUCCAUCUGGCACUCAGUGUCUGGAAAAGCGACAAGUGUGUCUUUCCAGCAUGCAAAGACCAUGUCCACAAUACAUUUGUGUGAAUGUGUCCUCUUCUGGCUGUGGCAUUCACCAUGCGAAGGAGCUGUGCGAUACGGAGGGCAAGACGCAUCCUAAUGCCUGCUCUCUACUGCAGGGUAAUUUUCAAUUAGCCUAUUGGGGAGCAUGUCGGCCGGAGUACGAAGUGAACAAUGAGUUGUCCGAGCUAGUCUGUGGCAUUAAUGGAGUAACUUAUCGGAAUAGCCUUGCUGCAUUGGCCGAUUAUGUGACUGUCGACUAUGUAGGCCGAUGUCGCGAGGUCGGACUGCUGGUCAACGAUAUGGGACGUCGCUGUAGAACGGUGAACUGUCCGAGCCUUCCCUCAAAGCUUUGUCUACAGAUUGUGCCGCCUGGGGCUUGCUGCCCCAUUUGCGGAGGGGCCGCAUUUCGAAUCAUAUACUCCCGCAAACAACUAGACAGAGCUUAUUAUGCACUGCACGGUCAGCACAGCUCUUUGUUGACUCUACAUGGCAUUCUGCAGGAGCUAGAUCACCUGGUUCAAGUCAGCGACUGCCAGCUGACCGGCUUUCUCACCAUGGAGGUGGGCAUCUUUGUGGCGCUUGUGCCUCGUGAUCGGCCAAAUUCACUGCAGCUGAAGGUCUGCGCGAUAGAAGCAGAGAAAAUUUCAGCCCUGAUAACCUCGCAAUCACCACGGAUUACUACCAAUCUGGCGCUUUCCAGCCUGACCGUUUCCCAUAUGCUGGAGCCCACAGUUAAUGCCGGCGUAUUAAUGCCAUCCCAGGGGAUUGGUAUUUUGGUAAUUGGACUUUUGAUCGGCCGCACUUUAGUUAUUUAAGAGUGUAAUUUAAAAAUCAAGUGAAUUCUUGGUGCCAAACAUUUAACAGUUAAGUUAGCAACCCCAUCGUGCCUUUAGCAGGUAGGGAUUGACCCUCUGUAUAAUGUGAUAUUAGCAAAAUUACUUGUUGAAAUGUAUGGCAACUCACAUUAAAGACAUGGAUACGAAUAUAAUGACUAAAUAGUAGAUACUUCUAAGUUUCAAAUAUACCGACCAAAGCAGCGUUAUUUACCUAUGCUUACAACUAGUCUAAUGUAAUGUAAUAUACUAAAAUAAACACGUUUUAUAAAGC